AUGUCGCGAUCCGAGAAGCACGAUGCAGAGGAACGAUCCGUUCAAACUCCUCCUGAACUUGAAAUCAAAGAAGAGAUUCAACACAGCGAUGAGAAGAGUGGCGACGCGUUUCACACCACUCUCAUCGAGGAGGCCCUCCAGCUCAGAGAUGAAGAGGCCAAGCUAGGAUUGCUCAAGAUGGCAUCCCUUUACCGAUAUGGAUUGAUCUGGGGAAUGGGUCUGAGUUUGGCCUUGGUGAUGGAGGGAAUGGACACCGCCAUGAUCAACAACUUGUUCGGUCUGGCAGCUUUCAAGCAAUACUUUGGACAUCAAGAUGCAGACGGAAACUUCUUCAUACCCUCAGACUGGCAAGCCGGUAUCAACAACGCGAGUGCCGGUGGACAGGUCAUUGGGUUGCUCCUCAAUGGAUGGGCUCAGGCCCGAUUCGGAUACAGACGCGUGUACAUGGCUGGGAUGGUGGCCAUGGCUGGGACUAUCUUCAUUCUCUUCUUUGCCCAGAGUCUCCCUAUGCUUCUCGUCGGUAACUUGCUAUGUGGCAUCCCAUGGGGCGUCUUUCAAGUCAUCACCACCGCGUAUGCGAGUGAAGUGGUCCCUCCGGCACUACGAGGGCUCCUGACCACAUUCGUCAGCAUGUGCUGGGGAGUGGGUGGAUUUCUCGCCGCCGGUAUCCUGCGUGGCUCUUUAAACAUUCCAGGAAACAACGGGUGGCGGAUCCCUUACGCGUUGCAGUGGAUUUGGCCUGUGCCCCUGUUCUUCUUCGCCUACUUUGCUCCAGAGAGUCCCUUUUACCUCGUCAGAAAGGGUCGAGAGGACGAAGCCCGGGAUGUCCUUCGACGACUCGCCAAAAAAGGCCACCGAACCGAACGCAUGAUUGACGCGCAGAUCGAGAUCAUGAAGCAUGCCAACGAGAUGGAAAAGGUGCUCGCCGCCAACGUCUCGUAUCGGGACUGUUUCAGGGGAACGAACGCCAAGAGGACGAUUGUGGCACUCAUGGCCUGGCUGAUCCAGGUGUGCAAUGGAGAGGGCUUGGCCAGCUACGCUGUUAUAUUGCAAAACGCUGGAAUGUCAGCUACAAAAGCCUUUUCCUUCAACAUGGGAAUUCAAGCCACAAAUCUGGUCACUACUGGCGCUUGCAUGUACUACAUCGGAAAGAUCGGACGACGUACCCUGUAUUUGACAGGUAUCGGUGCGAUGGGUGGCCUCAUGCUUGUCACCGGCAUCGUUGGAUUCAUCCCAACCAAUAACACUGCAAUCGGAAUCGCCAUCCUUCUCAUCUUUGUCAGGAUCUGUUUCAAGAUGUCAUUGGGUCCUUGUUGCUACACCAUUGUGGCGGAAACUCCUUCCACGCGAGUUCGAGGACAAACCAUGGUCAUCGGUCGAGCUGGAUAUGUCAUCGGCGGCAUUGUCAUGAACCAACUCACUCCACGAAUGCUCAACAAGGACGCGUGGGACUGGGGGGCGAGAUCAGGUCUCUUCUUCCUCGGAUUCGACAUUCUCUUCUUCAUCUACCUAUUCUUCUACCUCCCUGAGACGAGGAACAGGACUACGGCCGAGAUCGACUUGCUGUACAAAAAGCACGUCCCGGCAAGGCAGUUUAAGAAAUACGAGAUUGAUCGUGAGUUGGGGGGCAGUGUGGGAUCUUUUGGCUCGUGA